AGUUUGCAAUUCUUCACGCUUCACAGCAGAAAAUACUUGAAGCUGAAGAUAAGAGCCAACAACUUUGACAACACUGUCAGUAUUUUGCUCCGAAAAGUAAUAUCGACAAAAAAAAAAAAACCAACACACAUUAUGAAAUUAAAGUGACGAUGAUGAGGUAAGAGAAGCUUGUGUUUGUCACAUUUUCAUUGCAACCAACGGCCAUACCGGAGGGCCAUUUCGGUAAUUCCACUCCCACCGUUUCUUCAAAUGUCACCAUCAUUGCUAAAAAAAGCACUUUAACUUGUAGUUCUAUGCAUUCACUCUCACUGCGGCUCCUACUCUCUUUUCUGUACAUGUAAUAAAAAUCCAAUCUUUAUUCUAUUCAAAAUUUUGGGUUGAUUUUAUAUAUCACUGCCAUUUUGUUCAGACAAUGGAAACUAAGUCGAAUUCAGAAUCAUUGAACAAAAGGGGUGUUACUGUUGACCCAAAAGUGGCACCUUUUGUUCCAAAAACUGAUCACAAUCCAAGAGAUUUGCGUUCAUGGGCCAAAAGAACAGGUUUUGUUUCUGAUUACUCAGGUGAAGCAGGUACAAGUGGGAGUGAAAAGUUUGAACCUAUAGAUCCGGUUAUUGUUAGAACGAGACACAACAACAACAACAAGGGUAUUGAGAUCCAACCAGUUUCACAUGGAGGAACUGUUUUGGAUGAGAAUGUUAGAAAAGAGAAUGAGCCUGUUUUUGCUUUGAAUCCUGAUGGUGAGAGGAAAGUUGGUUAUAGAGGGAAUGUUAAUGGUAAUGGUAGUAAUGGUCAUGGAGUAUCUGCAGUUACUCCUGUGCCAGAGGAGAAUAAGAAUUUGGUAGAGGGAGAAGUUAAGGUUAAUCUGUAUGAAGAAGGAGUGGAACCUGUGGAUGGUGGUGGGUGGAAAGGACCAUCAGAGUUGAAGUGUGGACUCAAAGAAAAUCCUGGUUUUGUAUCUCUUAUCUAUUAUGGCUUACAACACUAUCUAUCAUUGGCCGGUUCACUUGUAUUGAUCCCAUUAGUCAUGGUACCCGUCAUGGGUGGAACAGAUAAGGAUACUGCUACCGUGAUUUCUACAAUGUUGUUUCUUUCUGGCAUCGCAACUAUACUGCACUCGUACUUUGGUACGCGACUGCCUUUAGUUCAAGGGAGCUCAUUCGUGUAUUUAGCACCAGCAUUAGUCAUUAUAAAUGCUCAAGAAUAUCGAAAUCUUACAGAACAUAAAUUUAGGCACAUAAUGAGGGAACUCCAAGGUGCUAUAAUUGUUGGUUCAAUAUUCCAAUGUAUCUUGGGAUUUAGUGGCUUGAUGUCUAUCCUACUCAGGUCAAUCAACCCGGUUGUGGUUGCUCCAACUGUUGCUGCUGUUGGUUUAGCAUUCUUCAGUUACGGUUUUCCACUAGCUGGUGCUUGUUUAGAAAUUACUGUUCCACAAAUUGCACUGGUUCUAUUUUUCACUCUGUAUCUUCGAGGAAUAUCUAUCUUUGGACGUCACUUAUUUCGAAUUUAUGCCGUUCCCUUGAGUGUAACGAUAGUUUGGAUAUUCGCAUCCUUUUUAACAGCUGGGGGUGUAUAUAAUUACAAAGGAUGCGAUCCCGAUAUACCAAGUUCAAACGUUCUUACAGACGCGUGUAGAAAGCAUGCAUAUACCAUGAAGCAUUGCAGGACUGAUGUUUCCGACGCAUUGUCUACUGCUGCAUGGGUCAGAAUUCCUUACCCUUUACAAUGGGGUAUCCCUAUUUUCCACUUCAGGACUUCCAUAAUCAUGGUCAUCGUGUCACUUGUUGCUUCUGUAGAUUCAGUUGGAACAUAUGGUACUGCAUCUCUUCAAGUAAAUUUGAGGCCUCCAACUCGAGGAGUUGUGAGCCGAGGUAUUGCACUGGAGGGUUUCUGUAGUAUAUUGGCUGGUCUUUGGGGUUCAGGUACCGGUUCAACGACUUUGACAGAAAACGUGUACACAAUUAACGCCACAAAGGUGGCAAGUAGGAAGGUAGUGGAACUUGGAGCUGUUUUCUUGAUCCUGUUCUCAUUAAUAGGAAAAGUGGGGGCCCUUCUUGCUUCCAUUCCACAGGCCUUGGCUGCUGCUGUACUGUGUUUCAUGUGGGCUCUUACUGUGGCAUUGGGCCUAUCGACUUUACAGCACGGUCAAUCAACCAGCUUCAGAAACAUGACAAUCGUUGGUGCUGCAUUGUUCCUUGGUAUGUCCGUUCCAGCUUAUUUUCAACAAUACCAGCCCGAGUCCAGUCUCAUACUGCCGAGUUAUCUGCUUCCUUAUGCGGCAGCAUCAAGUGGACCAUUCCAUUCUGGCAUUAAACAACUUGAUUUCGCGAUCAAUGCUCUCAUGUCAAUGAACAUGGUGGUUACACUGUUGGUGGCAUUUCUACUCGACAACACUGUCCCUGGAAGUCGACAAGAACGAGGGGUGUAUAUAUGGUCGAGACCUGAAGACAUUGCCGCGGAUGAAGCCUCGCCGCAAUCUGAAUAUUCUCUGCCUAAGAAAUUUGCCUGGUGUUGCUGUUGGCUCAAGUGUUUGGGAGUCUAAUACUUGGUGGACAUUUCAUUCACAGCAACAUUUCUUCAAGAAAAAAUGUCACUGCUUAGAAGCUAAUGCAGAUCAUGAAGAAAAAGGUAAAUGUACAUUGUAAUAUAGUUACUUUCACAUAUGUCAGUCAAAUUGUAUGCUGAAAAAUAUAAUGUACUUGAAAUAUUUAAAUAUUUUUUAUCAAUAAAUA